AUGAGUGCAGCAAUCCUAACGCAUGUGGAAAAAAUGCUGAAUGCACCAACCUGCUUGGUUCCUAUGAAUGUAGCUGUUCGUUGGGUUACUCAGGCAAUCCACACAUGGUUUGUCUUGAUGUGGAUGAAUGUGAGCAGCAUCCAUGUGGAAACUAUUCAGAAUGUGUCAAUCUUCCUGGUAGCUACAAAUGUGAAUGCCUUGAAGGGUAUGAUGGCAAUGCCAACCUUGUCUGUAAAAGAAAUAAAUGUUAACAUGUUUGAAUCAGGACAAAUUGAAGUUGAAAUUGAAAUUGAACCUGAUGAAUGUUUUCAAGUAAAUGUGCCAUGCCAGGAAAACCAUGAGUGUGUUGAAAAUGCACAUUGUGUGAAUAGAAGUUGCAGAUGCACAGAAGGUUACCAAGCUCUUGAAAUAGAUUGUGUUGAUGUCAAUGAAUGUGGGACACCAAAUUUCUGUGGCCCUAACGCAGUUUGUGUCAACUCCAUCGGCAGCUACCACUGUGAAUGUAAAAGUGGUUACGAAAAAAUCAGGCCUACUCCUGAAAGUCAUUGCAAAGAUAUCAAUGAGUGUCUACUUGAAAUACCUCCAUGUGGAACCAAUGCCUUAUGUAUUAACAGAAAUAGUAGUUAUGAGUGUGUCUGCCCUGACCACCUUCAAGGGGACCCAGAAGUAGCCUGUGUUUCUCCUUGUGCUGGCAUUGAUUGUGGUUCCCAUGCUGCCUGUCGAGUCAAUGGAAGAGAGGCUAACUGCAUUUGUGACCAUGGAUUUACUUUUGAUCCAACAAAUAUAACAGCUGGCUGUAUUGCUUUUCGUGAACCAAUCUGUGUUUGGCAGUCUUUUGAAGAGAAAAUGAAUAUUUAUUUGAAAGAGAUAUCCACUAAGGAUACAAUUUAUUUAGAUGUGAAUGAGUGCAGUAACAGCCAUGGACCAUCAGGACUAUGUGGACAGGGAGCAAUAUGUACUAAUGCUUUGGGCAGUUAUCAAUGUGUAUGUCCUCCUGGAUUCACUGGAGAUCCAUUUAGAUACUGUGAAGAUAUUGAUGAAUGUGAUGCUAAAUAUGGUAUGAGUGGUCAAUGUGGAGAUAGGUCUAUGUGUGAGAACUCUCUUGGGAGCUAUUCAUGUUCUUGUUAUCCAGGGUACACUGGCAAUGCCCGAUUAAGGUGUCAAGAUAUUAAUGAAUGUUCUGAGGUCUUUGGAGCCAAUGGAAGAUGCGGCCUUUCUGCUAUUUGCACCAACACUGAAGGUGGUUUCGAAUGUCGUUGUCCAUCAGGAACAGCAGGAGAUCCUUUUCAGGAAUGUAAGGUUAUGAUUGAAUGUAUUGAAGACAGUGCUUGUCCAGGUAAUGCAAUAUGCAUGAACCAACAUUGCUUUUGCCCAUCUCCCAGUUUUGGAAAUGAAUGUCAACAUCCCUGUGAUGAGAUAUUUUGUGUAGACAAUGCAAAAUGUGAACUGGAUCUUUUUGGUCAUCCUAACUGUGUAUGUGCUCCUGGUUACACAGGUCAAAGCAACAGUUUGUCAGGUUGUGUGGAUAUCAAUGAAUGUGAUGCUAGUGAUACUUGUGGAAGAGAUGCUGUUUGUCGUAACAUACCAGGAUCCUAUGAGUGUAUCUGCCCUCAAGGUCUUUUGGGUGACCCAUAUAUAGGAUGUUUUCCUGAUGAUAUAGCAGAAUGCACAGAAAUCAAAGAAUGGUCUCUUUGUGGACCUCAUGCAGAAUGCAUCAAUCUACCAGGUUCUUAUGAAUGCAUAUGUGACUCUGGCUACACUGGAAAUCCAAAGAAAGAGUGCUCUUUCAUUGAUGUUAAUGAAUGUACAAGCAAUCUACCACUGGAUCCCAAUGGUCCCUGUAGUGUUGGUGCUACUUGCAUCAAUACAAUUGGCAGCUUUGUUUGUGAAUGUCCACCUAGGUCAAGUGGAAACCCAUAUGAAGAUGGAUGCCAGGGAGAAACUUCUUGUGAAUCGAAUGAGGAUUGUACAGGUAAUGCUGUUUGUGACCAGAAAGGUGGAGCCUGCAUUGAUCCUUGCUCCAGCUCUGUGUGUGGACAAAAUGCAUAUUGUGCUUCUGAAAAUCAUAUAGCUACUUGCAUUUGCCAUCCAGGCUUCUCUGGUGAUCCAUAUGAUGAAACUAAAGGCUGUGUAUCUUCUUGCACAGGAAUCAGGUGUAGCCAGAAUGCUCAUUGCAUUGUUAGCAAUGAAAACCAAGUAGUUUGUGUCUGUCAGGAAGGCUUUACUGGAAAUCCUUGGGCUGGAGGACAGUGUUAUCCAGAUGUAAGAUGCUCAGUGAACCAAACAUGUUCUCCAUCACAGGAUUGUAGGGAUGGAGUGUGUGUAGAGCGUUGUGAUGGAAUACAAUGUGGUGUGAAUGCUCAGUGUGAUAGAAACACUGGACAGUGUGUUUGCCCACCAUUUUUCACCGGACAUUCAGCCUUUCUUUGUGUGCCACCAACUUCUUUUCCAAUAUGUACUCCAUCGUGUGGUACUAAUGCUUAUUGUCAGUAUGGUGCCCCAAACAAAUGUGUAUGCAACACUGGCUACAGUGGCAACCCUUAUGAACAGUGUGGUCCUUCACAGAAAUGUACUAACACUAAAUGUGGACUUGGUGCCCAGUGUGUAACAGGACCUAGUGGAGCAGAUUGUUUUUGCCCAGCUGGACUUCAAGGAAAUCCUUUUCUGGAAUGCUUAGAUGUGGAUGAAUGUCUCCUACCUCCAUCACCUUGUGGUAUAGGAGCAGCUUGUAUCAACACCAUUGGAAGUUUUCUAUGUGUCUGCCCUACUGGAACCAUUGGAAACCCCCUCUUAGAAUGUACUGUAGAACUAAAUGAAUGUGAAGAUGAUGAUGUUUGUUCGGCAAAUUUUGCUUGUAAACAAGGCGAAAAUGGAGUGAAGAAAUGUAUAGAUGUCUGUCAAAAUGUGGUAUGUGGUCCUGCAGCGACCUGUACUGAUGGAGUUUGUAAAUGUAAUGAGGGAAUGACAGGUGAUCCCAAUGACUUGAUCGAAGGCUGUAGUUAUAUCUGUAAGGAUGCUCAUUGUGGACCCAAUGCUUUGUGCAACAAGAAUGGAUAUCCUCCAGCUUGUGAAUGCUUACCUGGGUUUUUUGGAAAUCCUAAAGACUCAAAAAUAGGAUGUCAGCCACCUGACAUUUGUGAAGAUGAUAACAGCUGCCCAGCUAACCAGUUAUGCAAACCUGAUAAAAAUGGAGUCAAAAACUGUUUUGAUGUAUGUGAGAGAACUAGAUGUGGUCCUAAUGCAGAAUGUGUUGGUAAAGAUCACAAACCUGAAUGUCAUUGCUUACCAGGCUUUAGUGGAACCCCAACAGAUCUUAAUAAAGGCUGUACCUCUGUUCCAGAAGACAAGUGUCAAAAGAAUGAUGACUGUUCUGAAACAAAAUUAUGCCAGUCUACUGAAUCAGGAAUAAAAGACUGUAUUGAUGUCUGUGCCAAAAGGAAAUGUGGUCCAAAUUCACAGUGUCUUGGUUUGGGACACACUUCAAUUUGUGAAUGUUUUCCUGGAUUCUCAGGCAUUCCAGAUGACCUUGUAAAUGGUUGCCAACGUGAUAUUUGCACAACAGAUAAUGAUUGCCCAGCCAGUCAAACAUGUGAAAGGGAAACUCCACAGAAAAUUAAAAACUGUAUUGAUGUUUGUAAGGAGAAGCAGUGUGGUCCUAAUGCUGAGUGCAUAGCCUCUAACCAUCAAGCUCAAUGUAAAUGUAAAUCUAAUUUUGAAGGUGAUGGUGAUAAUGUGAUAGAGGGUUGCAAGCCUGUUGAUAAAUGCAAAACUAAUGGAGAUUGUCCAGAUAAAGAUAUUUGCAAACUCAAUCAAAAUGGAAUUAAAGAUUGUAUAUCUGCCUGUUUGGGAACACCCUGUGGUCCCAACACUGUGUGUGCAGCAGUUAGACACAGGGCACAGUGCACAUGUGAAAAUGGCUAUACUGGGGAUCCAUACAAAUUAAAUAUUGGCUGCACACCUAUUCCACCACAUAUCUGUGACAGUAAUGAUGCCUGUCCUCCUAAUGCUAUAUGUCAGCCAUCAAGUAAUGGUAUUCGAGACUGUUAUGAUGCCUGUGCAGAAAUUGUGUGUGGACCAAAUGCUCAGUGUGUCUCUACAGACCAUAAGCAUGUUUGUACAUGCAUCAAGGGUUUUAUUGGUGAUCCUAACAACCAUACUCAUGGCUGUAUAGUGCCCCAUCAGUGUGAUGAUGAUGAAGACUGUGAUUCUGAUAAAGUGUGUCGUGUAGACUCAGAUAAAGUUAGAAAAUGUGUUUUGGUCUGCGUAUAUGCUGAGUGUGGAGCUUCAGCUGUAUGUCAAGCUGAGAACCAUCAACCUUUGUGCAUUUGUCCUGAGGGUACCACUGGAAAUCCUAAUGACUCUGAUAAUGGCUGUCAGACUAUUCCUAACAUAUGUGAAAACGAUUCUGACUGUAUCGAGGAUCAUGUAUGUCGACUGAAUGAAAAUGGCAUUUUGGAUUGUAUUGAUGCUUGCAAAUUUGUCUCUUGUGGCCCCAAUGCCUUGUGCAAACCUAGAAACACUGAAAUCAUCUGUGAAUGUGAACCAGAUCAUGAGGGAGAUCCAUAUAAUCUUGUGAAUGGAUGUAAACCACCCAUCAAAGAUGAAUGUAAACAGGACACAGAUUGUGCAAGUUCUCAAGAUUUAUGUAAACCAGAUAACAGUGGGAUUAAGAAAUGUGUUGAUGCAUGUCGAUUCUCAUCUUGUGGGACUAAUAGUGAAUGUGUAGUGAUUGAUCAUGUCCAUCGAUGUCAGUGUAAGCCUGGCUUUGUGAAAGAUCCCACCAAUUUCCUUGCUUGUAUUUCUAAAGAACCAGAUCAGUGUAAAGAAGAUAUUCAAUGUCCAACAUUUCAAACCUGUAAGCCUAAUAACCUGGGAACACUGAAGUGUGCUGAGAUCUGUUUGGAUUUUACCUGCACACCAAAUUCUGAGUGUAUUGCCAUAAAUCACAAAGGACAAUGUAAAUGUAAAGAAGGUUUCACAGGUGAUCCCAACAGCCGGAGUGGAUGCGUUCACUAA